CGGAAGGGUCCGUGCACGCGAGGCUGAGAAAAAUAAUUUGUAGCGCCUUGAGGCAAUGUUCGAGACGACGAGUUUAUUUCGCGAUUAGCAUAUCACGACAAUGGCAGCGAAAACGAUGGCUAAGAGUGUGUCUACGAAGCGGAAGCGUGAGGAGGGUGUAUCGGCGAGGAAAAUUCGAGUUUUAGAGGAGGAGUCUGCGACGAAAGAGGUUGAUGAGAGGUCAAGCGACGAGGAUGAGGACGAGGACGAGGACGAGGACGAGGAUGAGGAAGGGGAAGGGGAAGAGGAAGAGCUCGAUGCGGCGGAGAUAUUUAGGCGGCAUUUCGAGGCAAGGUUUAAGCCGCUACCUGAUGUGAAGGAGAUGAAGGGUGGGAAGAAGGGUGCGGUCGUGGUAGAAGAGGAUGAGGACGAAGAUGAAGAAUGUGGUGGGCUUUCUGGGAAUAGCGAGGAUGGCGAUGAGGAAGACAGCGAUGAGGAUGACGGCGUGAAGAGGCGGAAAGUUGAUGUUGUCGAACAUACCUCUACCGCCUCAGCGCCGAAGAUGUCAAAGGCAGAGUUGAAAGCUUUCAUGUCCGCCCGCCCUCCCUCCUCCUCCACCGCCACCACAGCCCUCACAACGCCCACCCCCACCGACCCCACCGACAAAGACAACACCGCCAACGACCUCGCCCUGCACCGCCUCCUCACCGAAUCCCACCUCCUCACCUCCUCCACCACCUCCUCGCACACAACCCACACCCUCGAAGGCACAAACCGGCACCGCGCGACCGAUCUCCGGAUCCAAGCCCUCGGCGGCAAGGGAUCGUUAUUCGUGCAGGCGAAGAUGCCUAUGCAUAUGCGUAAGGGGAUAGCGGCGAAGGCGGAGGAGAGGGAGAGGGGAAGGAGGGAGGGGGCGAGGGAGGGUGGGAUUAUUUUGGAGAGGAUGGGGGGGAAGGUGAAGGAGAGGGAUAGGAGAGGGGGGGCGGGGAAGGGGGGGGGGAGGGGGGAUGUGGGGGCGCCGGGGGUGGGGAGGUUUGUGGGGGGGGCGUUGAGGAUUAGUAAACAGGAGGUUAGGGAGAUUGAGGGGCCGAAGAGUAGAGGGGGUAAGGGAGGGAGGGGGAAGGGGAGGGGGAGGGGGAAGUGA